AUGUUGCACACCACACCUUCUUCCUCUUCCUAUCUCCACUCAACAAUUCUUCUUCUUCAUUCUCAUUCUCAUUCUCAUUCUCCUUCUCUUUCUCUUCUCUCUCCUUCUUCCUCCUAUCACCCAUGUUCACUUCUCAAUAACCAUUCUCACACUCAAUCUCUUCACUUUACCAACUUCACCCGGAAAACCCAUUCUCCAUUUAGAGCUAAGGUGUUAAAGAAAGUGAUAAGUUGCUCCACAAGCGAGCCGUUGAAGAUUAUGAUAUCAGGUGCACCUGCAUCUGGCAAGGGAACACAAUGUGAAUUGAUCGUUUCUAAGUAUGGAUUGGUGCACAUAUCAACUGGGGACUUGCUAAGACAAGAAGUAGCAGCUGGCACAGAAAUAGGAAAUAAAGCUAAAGAGUUCAUGAAUGCUGGUCGCUUGGUUCCUGAUGAAAUUGUGACUGCUAUGGUGGCAGCACGCUUGUCUCUUGAAGAUGCAAAACAAAAAGGCUGGCUUCUUGACGGUUACCCUCGGAGUUUGGCUCAAGCUGAGAGUCUGGAGAAAAUGCAGAUAAGACCUGAUGUGUAUAUUGUGUUAGAUGUUCCUGAUGAAAUUCUGAUCGACAGAUGUGUUGGUAGAAGGCUAGACCCGGUAACUGGAAAGAUAUAUCAUCAGAAAUUUUUCCCACCAGAGACUGAUGAAAUCAAAGCAAGGUUGAUAACUCGUCCUGAUGACACCCAAGAAAAGGUUAUGUCACGCCUGAGCAUAUAUAAGCAAAAUGCAGAAGCAGUAUCUUCCUCUUAUUCUAACAUAACAAAUAAGCUUGAUGGCAGCCGUCUUAAAGAGGAAGUUUUCAAAGAUAUUGAAUCUUUAUUAACUCAAUUACAACAGAAUAAAGUGAAAAUAGUGAAUUCUGAAGAAAAACCAAUUCUUGAUAUGAAAAAGGGGCCAGCAUCUUUGAUCCAGGAUAAAUGGAGAGGAAUUCCAACUAAACUAAACAACAUUCCCCAUUCUCGAGAUAUCAGGAAAUAUUUUUAUGACGAUGUGCUACUAGCUACACAAAGGGCUAUCAAUGAUGGAAAAAUUAGAUUGAAGGUUGACAUCAACAUUCCUGAACUGAAUCCAGAAAUGGAUGUUUAUCGAAUUGGUACCUUGAUGGAACUUAUUAGAUCUCUUGCACUUUCAUUUGCUGAUGAUGGGAAACGUGUAAAGGUGUGUGUGCAAGGGUCAAUGGGAGAAGGUGCUCUUUCUGGAAUGCCAUUGCAGCUUGCUGGAAGUCGAAAGAUUUUAGAGUUCAUGGAUUGGGGUGAUUAUGGUGCAAAAGGAACAUUCAUCAACAUUGGUUCAAUAGGUUCGGCAGAGGUUGAAGAGCAAGAUGACAUGUAUAUAUUGGUUGCUCCUCAGAAUGCCAUGGGGAAUUGUAUUAUUGAUGAUUUAAAAGCAAUGACCAGUGCUGCCGAACACAGACCAGUUAUCUUAAUCAACGCUAAGCUUAAGGAUUUACCUGCUUCUAGUGGUAUUAUGCAAACAAUGGGGCGAGACAAAAGACUCGAGUAUGCAGCAUCAUUUGAAAGUUGCUAUCUUUUUCGGCUUCUCUAUUAUGCAGGCACUCAGUAUCCCAUAAUGGGAGCUAUCAGGAUGUCAUAUCCAUACCGGUAUGAGCUGUACAGGAGAGUAGAUGAGUCACCUGGAAAAGAGAAGUAUGUAAUUUUGUCUACUUUUCCUCAAAUGCCUACUAUUGAUGAAGUAAAUGAUUCCUUUGAAGGAAAACCAAGAAAUGCAACCAGGAAAGCCUCAGGGUUUUGGGGCUUCCUGAGUGAAAUAUUUUGA